CGGCGGGUGAAGGACGGCUGGGAAGGCAGAGUCCGUGUUUGUAAAUAAGACCGUUAAAAUCUGUGUUUUAUUUACAAAAGUUAUGCCGGCUAUUUUUAAGUGUCGUGCCCAGUUGUUUUAGAUCGUUUUUUAAUUUAUUUUUUUGCUGUUAUUCCUCGCUUGAUUUGUGUGGUUUUACACUACGCGUAAUGGCGAGCUCGGCUAACUCGAAUCAAGUGCCUAAACUGUACAGGUCUGUGAUUGAAGAUGUUAUCAAUGAGGUCCGGGAGCUCUUCCUGGAUGAGGGGGUGGACGAGCAGGUCCUCAUGGAACUCAAAACGCUGUGGGAGAACAAGCUAAUGCAGAGUAAGGCAGUGGAGGGCUUCAACACAGAGGAGCAGGCUGCCCUCCAGGCAGCAGCCCAGCAGCAGGCACAACAGGCCCAGCAGGCCACCCAGCAAGCCCAGACACAGCAGGUCCUCCUGCCCCCGCAGCAGCAAGUGACGAGCUGGCAAUCGACCCGGCCUACUGUCACCAGCGCACCUCAGCAGCAAGUCAUUGUGCAGGAUCCUAAAAUUCUGCAGCAUAUGAGUGCAACAGGGAUGAGUGCAGCAACCACAGCAGCAACCUUGGCCUUACCAACAGGAAUCAGUCCCUACCAACAACUCAUCACUAGCCAAGGCGGCAAUUUGCCCCAGACUAUAUAUCUUAAAACAGUGGACGGUCAGAUCCUCCAGGUGCUGCGUGCGGCUAACGGGACCCAGUACAUUAUCCAGCCUCAGCAGCAGAUGGUCCUUCAGCAGCAGGUCCUUCCUCAGAUGCAGCCUGGCGGUGGGCAGGCCCCCGUUAUACAGCAGGUACGCCCCAUCACACAGGUACUGGCUCCUCUCCAGGGAGGACUCCCCCAGGUGCUGGCUCCUCUACAGGGAGGCCUCCCCCAGCAGACAGGAGUCAUCAUCCAGCCUCAACAGGUCAUCCUCACUGGGAACAAGGUCCAUCAGAAUGCACAGGUAAUGCAGAUGACAGGCCAGCCCGGUCAGGUGCAGCAGAUCCAGCAGCAGGUCCAACAAGUACAACAGGUCCAGGGCGGAGCUACACCAGGAGGCUCACAACAACAGCAGCAGAUCCAGCAGCAAGUCCAACAAGUACAACAGGUCCAGGGCGGAGCUGCACCAGGAGGCCCACAGCAACAGCAGCAGAUCCAGCAGCAGGUCCAACAAGUACAACAGGUCCAGGGCGGAGCUGCACCAGGAGGCCCACAACAACAGCAGCAGAUCCAGCAGCAGGUCCAACAAGUACAACAGGUCCAGGGCGGAGCUGCACCAGGAGUCCCACAGCAACAGCAGCAGCCUCCUAUGAUGCUGCAGGUGGACGGAGCGGGGGACACGUCCUCAGAGGACGAAGAUGAGGAGGAAGAGUAUGACGAGGAGGAAGAUGAAGAAAAGGAAAAAGAUGGCGAGGACGGCCAGGUGGAGGAGGAGCCUCUGAAUAGUGAAGAUGAUGUGAGUGACGAGGAGGACCAAGAACUGUUUGAUACAGAGAAUGUGGUGGUGUGCCAGUAUGACAAGAUACACAGAAGUAAGAACAAAUGGAAGUUCCACCUGAAGGAUGGGAUCAUGAACCUGAACGGCCGAGACUACGUCUUCUCCAAAGCCAUCGGGGACGCAGAGUGGUAAAACACACAGCACAAAGAAUGCGUCCCAAAUAGCACUCUAUUACCUAUAUAGUGCACUACAUAGGGAAUAGGGUGCCACUACAUAGGGAAUAGGGUGCCAUUUGGAACACAGAAAAGGAACACACAACAACAACAAAAACACCACGAAGGAACUCUGGAACUUUCUGUCAAGUUUGAGAAAGAGACUCAUCAAUAACUAUGACCCAGGGCAUCAUAUUUCAGCCAGAGGACCUGGGAUGGGCUGGUUUGGGAAGGAAAUAAACGUAACACACCACCCAAAACUGUGAUACAGACUGAUGCACAUCUGUAUGAAUGUUAUAUCUGUAUUAACACCCAAUACCCUACAAGCCUCCCAAGACAAGACACUGAGGAUUCCAUGCAGCACGGCCGAGGGAUCGAUGGAGAAAUCUUCUUAGUUUCUUUGUUUGACUGAAUUCACCUCCAUUUUGACCUGACUGUUUUCUCCAACUUCUAGUGGACCAGAUAUAACCACUGACUUGAGUUGACCCACCCUAAACACUUUAUGCCAAUAGGUUUGAAUCAAGGUCAAAGGUCAGAUAAAAUAUCCAGUGAUUGGACAGGGAGUCUUUCGAUCCCAGUUGUGUGCCUAGUGAUUGGCUAGGAAACACGUCAGUCAAUCCCAGUUUUUUUCAGUGACUGGGCACCACACAGUGAAGUUGACACCAGUGUAUUGAGUUGAGUUGGCUGUUUGAAAAAGGUUGACGUUAUUAUCUUCAUCUGCUUGUAGAUCUGGGUCCAUGUCACUGAUAUGAUAUUCCUGCCACAUGUUCUGAUGGUCCAUACUAAAAGUGCCCUCCUGUUUAUCUAGUUGAUAGUGAUAUCCACUGUGUUCAGCAGUCCAGCUUCCCUCCUGUUUAUCUAGUUGAUAGUGAUAGCCACUGUGUUCAGCAGUCCAGCUCCCCUCCUGUUUAUCUAGUUGAUAGUGAUAUCCACUGUGUUCAGCAGUCCAGCUUCCCUCCUGUUUAUCUAGUUGAUAGUGAUAGCCACUGUGUUCAGCAGUCCAGCUCCCCUCCUGUUUAUCUAGUUGAUAGUGAUAUCCACUGUGUUCAGCAGUCCAGCUCCCCUACUGUUUAUCUAGUUGAUAGUGAUAUCCACUGUGUUCAGCAGUCCAGCUCCCCUCCUGUUUAUCUAGUUGAUAGUGAUACCCACUGUGUUCAGUAGUCCAGCUCCCCUCCUGUUUAUCUAGUUGAUAGUGAUAUCCACUGUGUUCAGCAGUCCAGCUCCCCUCCUGUUUAUCUAGUUGAUAGUGAUAUCCACUGUGUUCAGCAGUCCAGCUCCCCUCCUGUUUAUCUAGUUGAUAGUGAUAUCCACUGUGUUCAGCAGUCCAGCUCCCCUCCUGUCUCUGUUUUAAUAUUGUUUUAUCAUGAUGAAGAACGAACACUAAAGGCAAAAGGAUGUUUUUAUUUUCUCUUGAGAGUGCUGAGUCUAUAUGUCUCUGAUUUCAAUCUGUCUGCUUCAUGACCUAAUCCUGAAUCAUCCUAUUGUUGACUGUCACCUUUGUAAAGAAUCUACCAAUGAAUGGAUAGAUACAAUUAUUGUAAAAACGUCUUCAAAACGCU